GACCGUCGCUAUGGCGACCUGACGGAGGAUCAGCUGCCGUCCUGUGAGAGCCUGAAGGACACUAUUGCCCGGGCACUGCCCUUCUGGAACGAUGAGAUCGUGCCCCAAAUCAAGGACGGGAAGAGGGUUCUCAUCGCCGCCCACGGCAACAGUCUCAGAGGCAUUGUCAAGCACCUGGAGGGUAUGUCAGAGGAGGCCAUCAUGGAGUUGAACCUGCCUACAGGGAUCCCCAUCCUGUAUGAACUGGACAAGAACCUGAAGCCUGUAGGGCCCAUGCAGUUCCUGGGAGACGAGGAGACAGUGAAGAAGGCCAUGGAGGCUGUGGCUGCCCAGGGCAAGGCCAAGAAAUAGAUACAGCGCCCCCGCGUGGUCAGGAGGCGUCGGUGCGGCUAGAACACGUUAUAAUAAUAAUCACACACACAGCGUGACAUUACAUUAUCAUGUUUACACGCAGACAGAUAUGUGUGUGUAUAUAUAUAUAUAUACAUAAAUACAUACACACACACUUCAAAUACGCACUCACACACAUCACAUUACACUAUAGGUGGAUUUGAUAGGUCUUUGCUUUCCUGCACAUAUAUUUUUCCUGCACAUUGAGACGUCAGUAUUACACAGCCAAUAGGAAUCAGUAAUACUGGAUUGUACGGAUCAUCAUAAUAUGAGUUGAUCAAGAUUGUUUGAAUUGACCAAAAACACACAGGAUAGGGACCAGCUAACAGGGUAUUUACAGUAUCCAAAAACACAGGAUAGGGACCAGCUAAUAGGGUAUUUACAGUAUCCAAAAACAAUCAGGACCAGCAUAUAUAGUAUUUAUCUAAAUGGGGAAAAUGAUAGUGUGCUUUCUACUGCCAUGUAGUUUUGCACUGAGUGAACAUGUAUGUAAACAUUGACGGGCACGUUUGAAAAAGGAAACAUUGAAUCUCAUUUUAUUGUUGUAGCUCUACGGCAACAGUAUGUUAUCAUGGUUAUGGUGGUUAUUGUUAAAAGGGGCAGGCGGACCUGUUCUGUACUGUACUGCUGACCUUAGAAUGGUAGAGCGGGUGCCUCAUUCAGGAGAGGUUCUAUACCCCUUCCACUCAUUCUAAUUCCAUGCUGCUGACCUGUGCUUAGUGUUCUGUGUGGAAUAAAAAAGAUGAAUCUUAUAUAUUUUAUGAGCUGUCAAA